ACACACACUCAUUUGAAAAUGAAAAGGCAAUGGAAGAGCUAUUUCUUUUAUUAUUAUUAUUAUUAUUUUUAAUUAACAAAGAGAAUAAAUAUUUCAAAGUUCCAAAUCUGUCCCGAUUUGAGAAAUCUGAGCCUCAGUGAUUUCGAAGUGACGUAAUUUUGUUGUGAAACAGAACUUCACUAUGCUGCUGAGUCAAAAGUCAACCCCUCCAUCAAGUUAUUUUGUAUUUUAUGAACCGCACAGAGAAAAUAAUCUGUCUGUUGCACGAGUGUUUUAAAAGUAAAUUACUUCAAAUGAAAUGUCCAGAAUUGGUAAAUAAAGGUAAAAAAAAUAAUAAUAAUUUUCAAACGAAAGAUGUGUAGAAACUCUGUUCUCUCUUUCCGUUUAAGUAAGACUAUUAUCUGUAAAACGCCUCAUAAUUAUUACUAUUUUACAAGCAUAAAUUAUUAAGCAAUUUUUGCUCUUUGAUGUAAAUUCUGCAGUGUUUUUCAUUGGUAGCAGCUUUCAAAGAACUUAGUUGAAUUUAGUGCAUUUGUCUCUGUAAGUCGUCUCUUUAGCUCGGCCUGCAGUCUCCUGUUUCUCUCUGUGUUUCUUCACUUUCUUCAGAUCUGUCCCCUGCUUCUCCUCCCCUCUGCUCUCUUGGCUGGGGAAAGGCUGUUUUUUUCCAAACGCAACGCCAGAAACGGACGUUAAGAAAGUAUCAGACUUAACCGGAAUCAAUGAGGGAGCCAGAACGGGAGGAGCAGCCCGAAGACAACAUGCCCCCCAAGUUUAAGCGACACCUCAACGACGACGAGGUCACCGGAUCCGUCCGCAGCGAGAGGAGGAAUCUGCUGGAGGAAGACUCUGAUGAAGAGGAAGACUUUUUUCUGAGAGGUCCAACUGGACCCAGAUUUGGACCUCAGAAUGACAAAAUGAAGCACGUGCAGUCCCAGGUUGACGAGGUGAUUGACGUGAUGCAGGAGAACAUCUCCAAGGUGAUAGAGAGGGGCGAACGCCUCGAUGACCUGCAGGACAAGUCCGAGAGCUUGUCGGACCACGCGUCUGCGUUCAGCAGCAGAGCCAAACAGCUGCACAGGAGGAUGUGGUGGAGAGACAUGAAGAUGAGGAUGAUCAUUGCACUGGUAGUUGUCGCUCUUCUGCUGAUCAUCAUCAUUCCAGUAAUCCUUCGAUAUCGUAAGUGACCGAUGAGGAUGAGGUGGACUUUUCCUCCUCGAUGCCCCCCGGCCGACCUGCAUCUUCUCAUCUGCCACUCACCGGGACGCUGUCCAAACCGUCUUCAGAGUUCUCCUCUUCACCCUCAGUUCUGAUCUUACAGUCAUAUCCUGAUCCGAGAUCAGUUCUGCUCGAUGAAGUUGAGGGAAAGCAAAAACAUUGACCUUUGUCUUGGCCAUGUUGUCCGUGUAAAGGGAGCGCUUCGUGCCACGAGACGUAUCGCAAGGCAGUGGGGGUUUUGGGGUUUUGGGCCUUUGUCCUUCGUGUUGCAUCUCAGAUAAAUUCUCCAGGACUGGGGGAAUCCGACAGUCUGCAUUAGUUUAUCUCCUGUGAAUCUGCUGCAGCAGCCUCGCAUGAAGAGGCUGUAAACACUGAGCAGAUGAACCUCUGAUGUCUUCCCACAUGUGCAUCUCAAAUACCAACAGGAGAGACGGUUUUAAAGGGGACACCUAAGAAGUACAAAGCACAUUUUUAAAAUUCUCUCCCGCACGAAGCGAGAAGACGUCUGAGUCUCAUCUGAGGUUUUUUUUUUUUCUUUUUUCGUUUUAAUGUGAAGAAAAGAACAAUAGGAAACCAAAACAGCCACAUUCUGAAUGUCUGUUCACCGUUCUGUGCUCUAAACCUCUUACUUCCUGCAGGACUGUGCUGAUCUCUGGGCUCCUUUGAUCACAGCUGUUCAGGUUUUCAAUUUACUCCCAACUCUGCAAACGGUUCUGUUCAGUUUAAAGCUGCUUUUUGCUUACUUUCCUUCUUAGGUUGUCACUAUUAUUUCUGUUUUAUGAAGUUCUGAAUGAGUGCUGGUAUUUGCUACUGAGGGGGACGAUUUAUCUCUGUACUGUUAUGACUGAGAUGGAAGGUCUUACGUAAUGUGGAUGGAAACCAUAGGUGUAGUUGUGAUUGGUUAAAGUCUACAUGGUAAUUUGAUUAUUUUUGUGUAAUUUAUUUUAGCUUGUAAAUAUGGAUUCUGUAACGAUACUGUACAGUACUCUGUGACAUUGCAUUGGAAGACUGUGAUUCCUUUUGCUCUGGAAUAAAGUGAUAUUAAAGGGCAA